GUUUUCCGCGUUUCGGAGUAUAGCGGAAAAUAAUUGUCCUAUAGUUUCGGUAUUCGGAUGUUUCCGUGAGUUGUUUGUUAUUUUGCGUUAGCCAAUGAGGGCUCGACGUGUUGUCCGCACGUGCGGUAGUGCAUGUAUAGGGGAGUUAUCAGGCAUUCUAGUCGUGGACUCCCAACAUUAGCGGUCAUCAAAAUGGACCCGGCUUCUCUCGACAGCAAAAUCCAUGAGAGAAUUUCUGCCUCCCAACAGGACAUGCUCGGGAGACUGGAGGUUUUACUUAGCAGCAAGUUGGAAUGCUUCCGUAAUGAAGUGAAUGAUUCGCAAAGAAAACUUUCCGAGGAGCAAAUAUCCAAAAUAUCGGAAAUGAGCUCUAGCGCGUAUACCUUCAAGCGCAAAGGCAAUGAAGAGCAAUUUAAGGUGAAUUGUAAAGUUUCAACGAAGCUUCAGGAAGCGCAUACGAAUCUCGUCGAGCGUAUGGAUACAGUUGCUGCGGCCGAGAAAAUAUCCGAAGGUAUGGAUAUCAUUAAGCACAGGCAAAAGCUCAUUAGAUUAGCGGACUCUUCGGAGUCCGGAUGGAGUACCGUGUCGGAGUAUGAAAACAACGAGCUAGCCGACGAUUCCGACGACGACAGGCGCAUACAACGAGCUGAGAACAGGGCGCAGAGAAAAUUAAAAGCGCAAAGGCAGGCGAGACAGAGGCGUUAUUCCCCCUAUGGAGCCUCUCGACCACAAGGGACCGGAGAGCGACAGGCGGACAACUCCAAGCCAGCAGCGUUCAGCGCCAGGAGACCGGGAUUAUGCUAUGCGUGCGGAAAGCCGGGACACUGGAGGAGCGAAUGCCUACAACAACAACGUAGUGUGGGGAACAUGCCAGGGGCUGAAAAGGCUUAAAGCUACAGGCGAGCGUGCUCCAGUCAGCUAAGGCAGCAGGUCCUGUUACACCGGCGUUAUCCGCGUUAUCUGAAAGAACUGCCCAUUAUUUGUUGCAAGCAAGGAGCGCCAAUACAGUUUCAAAGUAUUACUCACAUUUCCGGAAGUGGGAGGAUUUUAUAGCGAAGGAGAAUGCUUGUGCUUUGCCCGCUCAGCCCAUUCACGUAGCGUUAUACGUUACACAUCUUUUGGACAAGGGGCGUUCUCACAAUGUGGUGACGUCAUCUGUGUGUGCUAUUAAAUGGGCGCAUAGCAUCAACAAUUUUGCGGACCCCACUGAAAACGGAUUUGUUAGAAGCUUGGUAGAAGCAGCGAAAAGGCAAGACAGACCUCCACGCGUUAGAAAAGACUGUGUUUCAUCGGAAUUAAUCGUUCAAUUAUGUCAAAAAUAUCAGGACAGUCUGGACAUUUUAAUAGUAAGAGAUUUAGCUAUGAUUGUUCUCAGUUUUGCCGGUUUUUUGAGGUUUGAUGAAUUGAGCAGAUUGAGAGUUUGCGAUGUGUCUUUUAAAGAUUCGUAUAUG